AUGGCUUCUGUUGAAUACAACUUCCCUCCUCAAAAGCAAGAUACGCAGCCUGGCAAAGAGUAUCUUAUGAAUCCACCACCACAAUACAGCAGCCAGGACUACAGGCCUUCAAAUAAACUUCAAGGAAAGAUAGCUGUAGUAACUGGAGGUGACUCUGGAAUUGGACGAGCUGUGUGCAACUUGUUUUCAUUAGAGGGUGCUACUGUCAUCUUCACCUACGUGAAGGGACAGGAGGACAUAGACGCAAGGGAUACGCUUGAGAUUAUAAGAAAGGUGGUUGAUGCUUACGGUCGAAUUGACAUUUUGGUCAACAAUGCAGCAGAGCAAUAUGAGAGUGAAUCAUUGGAAGAAAUCGAUGAAAUAAGACUUGAGAGAGUGUUUCGAACUAAUAUAUUUUCUCAUUUCUUCAUGACCAAGCAUGCUGUGAAGCACAUGAAGGAAGGAAGCAGCAUAAUCAACACAACAUCAGUGACUGCAUAUAUAGGAAACGCAACACUAGUGGAUUACUCAUCAACAAAGGGAGCCAUUGUGGCGUUUACGAGGGCCUUAGCACUUCAGCUUGUGAGUAAGGGAAUACGAGUGAAUGGGGUUGCGCCUGGACCAAUUUGGACUCCAUUAAUAGCAGCAACUAUGAAGGAGGAAGAAAUUGUUCAAUUUGGUUCGGACACGCCAAUAAAGAGAGCGGGCCAACCUAUUGAAGUUGCUCCCUCUUUUGUGUUUCUUGCUAGCAACCAAUGCUCCUCUUACAUAACUGGCCAAGUUCUCCAUCCCAACGGUGGAUUCAUUGUGAAUGCUUGA